AUCUAGGAACGCAUCCGAGCAUGAAGCUCCCUCAUAACCUCAUCCUGUUUCUUGGAUCAACCUCCAUCGCAUGGGGUAUCCUUCUUCCGGCCCCAGGCGCCACCGAAGAAGAAUGCGGACGUCUAGGAAUCAUGUAUUAUGAUCCGGACGAUCUCCCCAAAGGGGCAAGCCCCGAAGAUGUACGCCAUUGCGAUGCUCAUCCUCUGAGCGCCCAGAACUACUGGGGUUGGGGAGAUCACCUGCCCCGGUGGUUGUUCCCUUGAGACACGCAAUAGGCGAGGCCAGCGAUGAGGCGAUCUGGGACGGAUGGUGUCUGUCUUUUGUGAUUCAAAGCAUCACUGUGUCAAGAUAGAAUAUGAGUACUGCUACUACGUUGUGAUGUUUUGCUGCCUACUUUCCGGCUGAUGUCCGCCUCAUGUUGUCUUGCGUUUGUCUGGGCCAGGGUCAGACGGGUGGAAGCGUUGUUACCCAAUAUAGGACGAGUAUAUCCUAAGCAUAUCCGUAAUUUUCUGGCCCUAUCUAGCUAAGUAGAUAAACCAUCAUCACUGGCAUUCUGAUGGGAGCGGUAUAGCGGGUGUGUGGAACCCUUGCCGGUCGAACAGAAGAGGUGGCGCCGCUGGCAGCGAUGUGACCAUCUGGCUUGAUCGUGCAAGAAAAUAGUGAACGU